AAUCUUCUGGCGCUCAUGUGACCUUAUGCAAUUGCGAGCGCCGUAAAACCUCUACUAAAACUGGAACUGAAAAUAUGCUGAUGUGAAGAAGAUAAAAAUAUAAAUAAAACGAAAUUUUUGUCUGCACCCUUGUACAUGUAGAGAGUUCUGAUUCUCAUUUAAGUUUUGUUUGAAAGGAAUUGUGUGAGCCCACGGGAACUGUGAAAAGACGUGCGUCUUAAAUUACGCGAAUAAAUUAUUAUUAAUUUUCGUCUUUUAUCUUUAUCAAAACUAUUGCCUUUUUCUUAGGGGAGCUCACUCUCGUGUUUUAGUCUUCAGUCAGUUUCCCAUUCCCAUGCACUUCGUUUGUUGUCCUUCCUCAAUAUUUGUUCUUAGCUGAUGUGAAGUUAUUUCAGUGCUGUGUGUAAUUUGUGCUAUGUGUUUGCUAUUACGAGUGAUUGCAGGAGACGGCUGUGUUUCAUAUUAUAUACGGUUACUAACGCUGUGCUAGCUUACAUGAGUAUGCUGCAUAUCAUAGAGUGUAAGGACGUGUCUCUCUAAAAAUUGUUCUCAUGGUUGGUAGCCUUAAUUUUUCUCGGAGUUGAAACUCUUAACAUGAUCAAAUGCAAUGGGACUGCAAUGAUCAAAUCGCAUCUUCAGCUCCAAUUUGAGAAACUUAUCAAAUCUGUUUGCUGUUAUUACCACAAUACUGGGUGCCUCAUUCGUUUGCAUUCAACAAUGGGUAGGAGAAAAGGGAAAGCUGGAAAAGGUGCUCCUCAUCAUAAGAACUCUGGGAAUGUUGAAGCUGCUGCCAAUGCUAGAUCUAGAACACAAAAUCCUUCGGGGAAGUCUCAAGUGAAAACUCAAAAGACCCACAAAGCACCAUCAAGUAUAAACCUUGUAGUCCUUGGAACAGGUGGACCAGGCGCAUCCCGUUCACUCCUAGUCACCUCUGAGUUUACCAGGUACAUGUUCAACUGUGGAGAGGGUACUCAACGUCUAGCUGCUAUGAGCAAAGGCCUGAGAGCUUCAGCUUUUGCAAAAUUGUCGGGGCUUGAAAAUAUCUUUAUCACCCACAAAAGCUGGGAAAACACUGGCGGUUUACUAGGUCUUGCAAUGACUCUUGAAGGGCAGAAAAACCCAGAGACAAAAGUGUAUACAAACAGAGACACAACCCAAAUACCCCAAGACCGCGGAUCAUCCGUCAUGCGACUUUAUGGACCUGAAGGAGUGGAAAAGAUCACUUUAAUGGCCAAAAAGUUCUCAGUUCAUUCCAACAUGAGAAUCAUGAGAUGUGAGGGAGAGUUUCAGGACGCUGGCUUGACCAUCACUCCAGUAAUUUUCUACAGUGACUCAUCGAAAGAUUCUGAAGAAACUCCUGAACCUGUUGCCAAAAGGGUGAGAAGAAACUCCUCCUCAACAUCUGAAGUUAUUAGUCAAGAUACUGCAUUUGCAUACAUUUGCAAGGCAAAACCACCGUUAGCGAAAAUCAACAUUGAAAAAUGUUACGAUGCUGGCGUCACCAUAGGCCCCAUGGUUGGUCAGUUGCAGCGAGGAUUUUCUGUCACUCUUGAGGAUGGGAGAAUCGUUUAUCCCAGUCAGGUCAUUGAUGAUAUUGCAGUGGACAGGAGACCUUUCCUUGUGGUUGAGUGCCCACAUGAGUCUUUCCUCACUUCCCUGAUGACCAGCCCCCAGCUGCAAGAGUUCAUGACCUCCUCAGACCCACAAAGUUCUUUCGCUGUGAUAGUGCACAUGACUCCAUCAGAGGUCUACAACUCAGAUGAGUACCAGAAGUGGAUGAAAAGGUUUCCCAGCAGUAUUGACCAUCUGGUGAUGAACAGAGAUGCGGCAGAAGUUGACCUACUUCGUGUCCGAGAGCACCAGGCGAGACUGAGUCUGGUUGGCUCCGACAUUUUCCCGCUCAUGCCAGAACUGACCAAAAUGGAUGACAUUGAUGGGGUUCAGGCAUUGACAGAGUCGGGUGUAGAGAAUGGGGCUUCUACUGCAACAUCAGCUUCGUCUUCAGAAUCUGAACUUGGUAGUUUGGGACAAGGCAGGAUUAUCAAGGCAUGCUCGGGGCUGGUGUACGUUUACCGAGGGAAAAGGAGAGGGUAUUAUAUAGAGGCAGAUGAGUUCAACUGCCAGGCCAUACAGAAACCAUUCCUAGAAAUUCCUGAGGUGACAUUGGAGCUUGACAAAUUGGGCAAUUCUUCUUCCCAUGAGAGCCAGUCAGAAGAUGAGAAUGGUCAAAGCUCUGUGUCCAGCUACCCUAAAGUUGUGUUUCUGGGCACUGGAUCAUCAGAACCAAACCGGAUUCGAGCUCAGAGCUGCAUUCUGGUACAACUAAGCAAACACACAAACGUCAUUUUGGACUGCGGAGAGGACUCCUAUGGUCAGCUGUAUCGUUUCUUUGGUCCCAAGAAGGCCAGCCGUGUGCUGAGGAAAGUGAAGGCCAUCUUUGUGUCUCAUAUGCACGCAGACCACCACCUGGGACUUUUCUCGCUUUUGAAGGAGAGAAAAAGAGCGUUUGAUGAAAAAAAACUACCUCACAGCUCAGCUAUUGUGAUGGCACCUAUCCAGAUGAGACGAUGGCUGCGAUUCUAUGACCAGGAACUGGAACCAGUAAAUCAUUUGUUUAGAUUCAUGCACCACCAGCAAGGAUUGGCGGCCACCGAUGAGAUGGAGGUCCGGACAGCCACAGCGGACGACGUGUUACGGGAGCUGAGUCUGACACAUUAUGAGCCAGUGGAGGUGGAGCACUGUUUCAAUUCAUAUGGUGUGACCUUCACCCACAGCAAUGGAUUUAAGUUGGCCUACUCAGGAGACACUAGACCUUGUGAUAAUCUUGUUACUGCUGGAGAAAAUUGUAAUCUGUUGAUUCAUGAAGCCACACACGAGGACGCUCUCAUGGAGAAUGCUGCCGUAAGCAAACAUAGCACUUUCUCUGAGGCAAUGUCUGUUGGUGCGAAGAUGAAGGCUGAGAAUAUUAUUCUGACCCAUUUCAGCCAGCGCUAUGCUCACAUGGUCCCCUUCUUCAACAUGGAUAUGCCUCACAAUGUGGGGAUUGCCUUUGACAAUAUGCAGGUGUGUCCUCGAACCAUGAAGAGCCUUCCCAAAGUGAUCCCAGCUUUAACAGCCAUCUUUUCAGAUGAACUUCAAAAGUUGGAGAUAAGAAAUAUAAAGCGAACUCGAGAGCAGGAAGCAAAGCAGUCUGUUGAAGAAAGAUGAUAAAAAAUUACAAUUUUGCUUCAUUUUUGUUAAGUGCCCUUGUGCAUCCUUGUCCUCUGCACCUGAACUGUGCUAACAUUAUCAGUAAAGAUUUGUGCAUCCUUGUCCUCUGCACCUGAACUGUGCUAACGUUAUCAGUAAAGAUUGGAAUGUUUGGCAAAAAUGACAAGACUUGUGUGUACAUUAUGUUGAUCAGUCUCAAUGAAGAAUAUUUUCAGACUGCAAGUUUCGUUUAAACUUGUUGGAUAUACAACAGUGUUAGUGUUAUGGGUUUUUUAACAUGCUUGCGAAUAAUAAUGAUUAUAACACAUUG